AUGGUGGGAGAGGUACAGAUGAACCGCAGUCAAAUCCGGCAUUUCGCAAAGACCAUCAUCGGCGGCAUGUGCCGGCGUAAUGGCUCCUACCAGGAGGCUGAAGAGGGCGCCCUCGGCCCUCUCGAGGCCUGGCUGUCUCAGUCUCACACGGUUGGAGGAGGGUCACUUGGAUGGCAACUUAAAGAGAAAUUCCCUUUUGUCCCUCUUGAUGAUUCUAUACAAUCGGAAGCUGGUGCCGUCGCCCCUCCAGAGCAAUGGCUGCAGUCACUGUCACCCGGAGGUUUUGCCGCACCUCCGAGCCCUUUCUUCGAAGACAUACAGGUUGCCACGGAUGGCCAUGUCUUCUUCCUGACCAAGAACGGUUCAAUGGGUCUCGGGCCUGCAUCGAUGCGGAAAGGCGACACAAUCCACAUUCUUCCCAAUGGUCGUACGCACUUUGUGCUUCGAGAUAAAUCACAAGGCUUGAGGCCUGUCUUCGGUGAGAGGUCCAGAAACGUUGAUGGUGGUCAUGAACUUGUUGGCGAUUGUUACUUGCAUGCCGAUAGCACACUCGACAACCGAAGACCGAUCGAAGAGGAACCGGCCAUCGAAGGGUCCCUACCUUUUGGGAUGCUUGGAGCUAGAUACUUGAAGGAAAGAGGGUUACCGAUUAGGGAUACCGUCAUGUUGAUCUGA